CGCGCGCCCGAGACCCGCGGAGACGUCAAGGCGAACAUGGCGGAGAGACACCCAGAAAGCUGUCAAUAGAACACGCAGAGGAGCCACACGGAGUACCGCUGCCUCGGGAAGACGUUUUUCGUCGACGUUCGGUUCUUUUUUUCCCCUCGCCAUUUCGACCAAAAAUCCGGCGUAGCGGAACUGACAGCAAGUGCGCGAACAUUUGAACAGAAUGUUAGCUAGCAUCUCCACUUAGCCGACAUUCACCCGACUAAAAAUAUAUAAAAUAUAUAUUUUUUAUUUUUUAAUUAACGACAGCAGCAGCCAUGCUCCGGUGAGCCGUUGCUCCGAAUUAACGAGUUCAAACCCUCCCCCCCCCCCGGCUAGCGCGCUAACGACAUGUCGGACAACCAGAGCUGGAACUCUUCCGGCUCCGAGGAGGACCUGGAGCCCAAAGACGAGCCCGCACACCCGGCCGUCAGCGGGGUGUUCAGCGGGGUCCUCAGCAAGUGGACCAAUUACAUCCACGGCUGGCAGGACCGCUGGGUGGUUCUGAAGAACAACACACUCAGCUACUACAAGUCCCAGGAUGAGACGGAGUACGGCUGCCGCGGCUCGCUGUGCCUCAGCAAAGCGGUUAUUACCGCCCACGAGUUUGACGAGUGCCGACUGGACAUCAGCGUCAACGACAGCGUCUGGUACCUGAGAGCGCUGGACCCCGAGCGCCGGCACCUGUGGAUCGACUCCAUCGAGAUGCACAGGAGUGUCAGAGAGGGGAGGAGGAACAAGGGAGGAGUCCAGGCUGUGACUUUCAUCCCUCCACCACUGGCGGACCCCGGCUACGGUUCCGAGUCCAGUCUGCGACGGCAUGGCUCCAUGCUGUCCCUCACGUCAGCCACCAGCGGUUACUCCGCCACCUCCACCUCCUCCUUCAAGAAGGGCCACAGCCUGAGAGAGAAGCUGGCGGAGAUGGACACCUUCAGGGACAUCCUGUGCCGACAGGUGGACACGCUGCAGAGGUACUUUGACGGCUGCGCAGACGGCGUCUCCAAGGACGAGCUGCAGCGGGACAAAAUUGUGGAGGACGACGAGGACGACUUUCCCAGCACCCGCACCGAUGGAGAGUUUCUUCACAACAACAACAACGGCAGCAAAGACAAAUUGUUCCCGUGCUCCAGUACUAAAGAUGUGAACGCCAUCGACUUCAAAGGCGAGGCCAUCACGUUCAAAGCCACCACGGCGGGCAUCCUGGCCACGCUGUCCCACUGCAUUGACCUGAUGGUGAAGAGGGAGGACAGCUGGCAGAAGAGGCUGGACAAGGAGAUGGAGAAGAGGAGGAGAGUAGAGGAGAGCUACAAGGCGGCCCUCAACGAGCUGAAGAAGAAGUCCCACUUCGGGGGUCCGGAUUACGAGGAAGGCCCAAACAGCCUCAUCAACGAGGAGGAGUUCUUUGACGCGGUGGAAGCUGCUCUGGAUCGACAGGACAAAAUAGAACAGUGUCAGACGGAGAAGACAAGAAUCCAGAGAUCCAGUCCAGUUCCACCACCUGAUGUCUUCUCCAGUUCAGGAUCUCACAGACUGGCUGAGCAGGUGGAGGAGAUGGUGCAAAGUCACAUGACCUACUCCCUGCAGGACGUGGGCGGCGACGCCAACUGGCAGCUGGUGGUGGAGGAAGGGGAGAUGAAGGUGUACCGCAGAGAGGUGGAGGAAAACGGGAUAGUUUUGGACCCACUGAAGGCCACCCACUCAGUGAAGGGUGUGACGGGCCACGAGGUGUGUCACUACUUCUGGGACACCGCCUACCGCAACGACUGGGAGACCACCAUCGAGAGCUUCAACAUCGUGGAGACGCUGUCAGACAACGCCGUCAUCGUCUACCAAACACACAAGAGGGUGUGGCCCGCCUCCCAGCGGGACGUCCUUUACCUGUCGGCCAUGCGCAAGAUCAUGGCGAGCAACGAGAGCGACCCCGACACCUGGCUGGUGUGCAACUUCUCCGUGGACCACGACAACGCGCAGCCAAGCAGCCGCUGCGUCCGCGCCAAGAUCAACAUCGCCAUGAUCUGCCAGACCCUGGUCAGUCCACCAGAGGGCGACAAGGAGAUCAGCAGAGACAACGUCCUGUGCAAAAUCACCUACGUGGCCAAUGUGAAUCCUGGAGGCUGGGCGCCCGCCUCGGUGCUGAGGGCGGUGGCCAAGAGGGAGUACCCCAAGUUCCUGAAGCGCUUCACCUCCUACGUGCAGGAAAAAACCGCCGGCAAGCCCAUCUUGUUCUAACGGCGCCCCCUGGUGGCUGCAUAACUAAACCACACUCCAUGCGAAUGGAGGAGUCGACUGUUAAAGACUUGAAGUGUCCAAGGUGCUGAUGUUGCCAGACUGUCCUGCUAAUGAAGGCGCCUCGUUAGCGCCGAAGGCGGGACGUCUUCACACUUUGACAAGGAACAUGUCAGCUCCAUGUUGAAUCUGUAAACUAGAGAGUUGUUUUCUUCUUGUUGCCGCGAGCCCCGACUGCCUUAGGAAUAGUUUGAGGUUGCAGGUUCAUCGCUACUAGUCAAGUGCCUUCAUUUCAUCCAUGACCACUUUUACAAGCAGGAAGUUCCGGCACUUUUGACUCUUCUCUCGUCCUUCAUUUCAAUGUUCAACUGUUCAAUUUGUUUGAAUUUUACAUUUCAGCCAAGUUGCUAAAUGACGUGAAUUCCAAGCCGUGUCCGAGCUUUUUACACUGAAAAAUGCAAGCAUGCGGCGAACAUUUUGAUAUUUUUCAUUUUCAAAACCAAACCAAUAUAUAUAUUUGUAGCCCUUCCCUCCAUGUUGGUGAAUGUUGAAGGUCUCAGGGACCCAAAAGGGUCUCAGUCUAUAAUUAAAGUGUUCAAAAUAA